UUUCUCCGAGGAACUGAAAUCUAACUGAAAUGCGGGCUUCUUCCGCUACUCAAUCCCAACCCACGGUUUCUGUCAAAAUAGAGCUCAAGAUGGGCCUCACCACAGACUGGACUAAGCUCAGGCGAAAGAGGAUCUUUGAGGGCAGCCGUGGGGGGCGAGGCCUCUGGGAUUCACACUGAAUAUAAAGAAGGUGACAACACUGCAGGCUCCACAUCUGCAGCAACACCUGAAAUCUUCAGCUGUAGCUUCAAAGACAGAGAUGCUUUUCUCUGCUGCCUUUCUUGUACUGGGCAUCUGCCUGGUUCCUGCUCACUCUAAACCAGCAGGAGAACAUUUUGGCAGUCCUCUCCUUCAAACGUGUUUUGAGGAUGCAAAGAAACUUGUGGAUGAUGCGUACAAGUACUCCAGAGAAGAGAGUCUGAGACGAGUCCGCAAGGACUUGGUGCGUCCUCACGACAUUCUUCGCUUCAUGAAGCAGCCUCGUGCUGACACGCGCUCAGCUGUGAGAUCUGCAGACUACAUGGCACAAACCCUCCGUCUGCUGCAUGACAGGGCUCCUCAUGUGCACAAACGCUCACUCAAUGCAACAGAUUUGCUCUCUGAUGAAGAUCUGCGCAAGCUCGCUGAAAUAACUGGAUGUGCUGCUCGAGUUGCACUUCCAUCAUGCCGCACCACACCAAACCUCAGCAAAUAUCGCACAGCCACCAGUGUCUGCAACAACUUACAGAACCCUCGCCUUGGAGCCUCCAACACCCCCUUUACCCGCUGGCUACCUGCCCAAUAUGACGAUGGCAUCUCCCAACCAACAGGCUGGAACAACCGAACAAUCAACAGCUUCUUUCUGCCAUUGGUGCGACAGGUGUCCAACAACAUCCUUAGUACAACAGACGCAGGCGUGGUCAACGACACAGAGUUUACUCACAUGGUGACCUUGUUUGGCCAGUGGAAUGACCACGAUCUCACAUUCACGCCCUUCUCCCCCAGCAUCCGUUCCUUCAGCAACGGGCUCAACUGUGACGAGAGCUGCGAGAAAUCUGAGCCAUGCAUCCCCAUCCCGAUUCCUCCCGGCGAUCCCCGCCUGCCCACCGGCCCUGAAAGCUGCAUCCCUGCUUUCAGAUCCGCCCCUGCUUGCGGGACAGGAUUCUCGGCCUACAAUUUUGGCGGAGUGCCCAACAAGAGAGAGCAAAUCAACGCGCUGACGGCCUUCCUGGAUCUCGGCCAGGUGUAUGGAUCUGAGGAGAAGCUUGCCUUGGAUCUACGCGAUCUCACGAAUGAUGGCGGUCUGCUGCGUGUGAAUAAAAACUUUACAGACAAUGGCCGUGAACUGCUGCCCUUCCAUCCUCUCCAGGCCAAAAUGUGUGAAACUCGCAGACGUACCACCAACGACACGAAUGCCAAAGAGGUGCCAUGUUUCAUUGCAGGUGACAGCCGUGUGGACGAGAACAUUGCUCUGACGUCCAUUCACACACUGUUUAUGCGUGAGCAUAACCGCCUGGCUCGUGAACUGAAGAGACUAAACCCACAGUGGGACAGUGAGACACUCUACCAAGAGGCCCGCAAGAUCCAGGGUGCUUACACACAGGUGUUUGUGUUCAGGGACUAUCUGCCUCACAUAGUUGGUCCCGACGCAAUGCGUAGGCAGCUCGGCCGUUACCCCGGCUACAAUGCCAACGUUGACCCCAGAAUCGCCAACGUCUUUGCCACAGCAGCUUACCGCUUUGCCCACUUGGCCAUCCAGCCAGUCUUAUCCCGUCUGGAUGAUAACUACAGGGAGAACCCUCGGUUCCCCAGUGUCCCCUUGUUCAAGGCCUUCUUUGCCCCCUGGAGGAUCGUCUUUGAGGGUGGCAUUGACCCUCUGCUCCGUGGUUUAAUCGGUCGCCCAGCUAAACUGAACACUCAAGAUCACAUGCUGGUGGAUGCUCUGAGGGAGAGGUUGUUCCAGUUUGUGAUGCAUCUGGCUUUGGACCUGGGCUCUCUCAACAUGGAGAGGGGACGUGACCACGGCUUGCCUGGAUACAACGCCUGGCGUGGGUUCUGUGGCCUGUCUCAGCCCAAGAACCGGGCAGAGCUUGCUCAGGUCCUGAACAACAACGACCUGGCCGGCAGGCUGCUCCGGCUCUACGGUACGCCUGAUAACAUUGACAUCUGGAUGGGAGGCGUGGCAGAGCCGUUCGUGCAAGGCGGCCGUGUGGGGCCUCUGUUCGCCUGCCUCAUUGCAUCACAGUUCCAGAGGAUCCGCCAGGGUGACAGGCUGUGGUAUGAGAACCCGGGCGUCUUCAACCGAGCCCAGAGAAGCGCUUUGUCCACUGUAUCCUUAUCCAAGAUCAUCUGUGACAACACCGGUAUUACGUCCGUCCCCUCUGAACCCUUCCACGUCCUCUCACGCCGUAAUCGGCUCGUCCGCUGCGCCAACCUCCGACGCCUGAACCUGUCAGCCUGGAGGGAGCGCCCCUGCACAGAUUGCGAACAACCUGGAUUACCAGGACCCGCAGGACCCCCUGGACCCCCUGGACCUCCAGGGCCUCAUGGACAACGAGGUCCCGUAGGCCCUCCUGGACUGCCAGCACUCAACACCAAUGCUACACAGCCACAGUCUGCCUUCUCUGUCCGCCUCGGCGAAUACAACCCAUCAUCAGAGAAUAUAAUUCGCUUUCGUCAGGUCGUUUACAACCAACAGCACCACUACAGCACAACCACAGGCCAGUUUACAUGCGCCAUCCCUGGUGUCUAUCAGUUCAGCUUUCUUGUCACGUCCUUCAUCAGUGCAGGAAACGUGGACCUGAUAUGUAACAACGUGGUGGUGCUGCGCAGUUUCAAGGUUUAUCAGGGAGGUCACCACUUGGCAUCAGGGGACACGGUGGUCCAGCUGGCGUUGGGAGACAGAGUGUGGCUGGAGGCUACCGAUGGGAGCACCGGCCUGAGCACCAAAAGUUACUUCUCAGGCCACCUGCUCUUUGUUGUGUGACGCAAUGAUACUCCAGACUGAACGGCCACCGUUUGAUAAACCUGCGUUCUGCUUUCAUUACUUAGCCUCUUUGCGCUGAUCUUCACUUUACAUUAAUCGCAAUAUCAAUAAUUAUUUUUUUUGUAUCUUGAGCCGAUGGACCUGACUGGAGCACACCAUACAACUAUGCACAUUUUAUAUUUCUCUGAAAAAUGAACAAAUAUUCGAUAGUUUUAGCAGGCAGCCUACAGAACAUGAAACUGAUUGCAGCAAAUAUCUUGAACUCUGUUACAGCAUGCAGUCUAUUAGACAAAAAAAUUAGCCGAUUUUGAUGGUGGGUUUUUCUAGUAUUACUAUGAAUGUUUUAUGCACUGAUGAAAUUUAAGCAUGCCUUAAAAAUGUUGUGUGUUGUGCUUUCUCUGUGAGGCUUGUUUCACCAUAACUUUAUCUAUUGUAUUUUCCAUUCAAUAAAGAAACUGAGCCACAGCAAACCUGGUGUACAUCUGUCUUACUUCAUGGACAUCUUAUGUGAAUCACAAAAAAAAGAUGACCUAAUAUAUA